AUGGCAGCCGCUGAAGCCGAAGCCUUUAGGGUACUUCCCACAUACAUCCGACGACUGAAAAUCGCCAAUCCAGGUUCCGUUGCUGAUAUAGGGACCGAAACGUUCGGUGAAGGCAGGGUUAGAUUUAAAAAUUUGUUUUUGUCUUUUGGAGCAACCUACAUUGGUUUCCGGAUGAUUAGGGAUGUCAUAGUCUUAAACAAGAGAAAGAUGGGUGGCCAGUUUAAACUAGUACUACUAACAGCUUGUGGUGAGGACGCAAAUUUCAAGGUAUACCCUUUAGCUUUUGGUAUAGUACUUAUGGAGAACCUGGACUCGUGGUUGUGGUUUCUCAAGAAGCUGGAAGAACUGAUUCCUGACACCACUAAGCUUUGCAUUGUCUCCCCGUUACGUGGCCCUGUUAGGCAAGCUAAGAAGAUGGUAUAUCCUUUGUCACAUGAUUGGAUCUGUCUUAAACAUCUUAGUAGUUAUGUUGAUUGGCGUUUCGGGAACACCGAACUUGGAGAAUUGGUAAGUGCUGCAGGUAAAGCGUAUACAAGCUGGCGUUUUACAGAGCUAUUCCAACAGAUUAAUGAUUUGAGUAAGCCAUGUUGGGAGUACUUAAAAAACCUGGGUGUGAAGCACUGGUGUCGGGCUCAUUCCGAGGUGGUGUGUUACGAUAUGCUGUCAACAACAAUGGAUGAGCAAGUAGGAUUAGAUCUAUGUGACUUUGUUGGGUGGUAUAACUCCAGGAGAACGGAAGCCAAUUCCCAUAUAGGAGUCUUAACGCUUGGUGUUAUGCGUCUACUUAGGCUUAACCAGAUUGUCAGUACGUACACCGAAAUAGUUGACAUUACGCAUUUGAGUUGUGAGGAACCUAUAACUGUGGAGCUAGUGAAGAAUAAUGGAAGUGGAUAA